UUAAUGAUGAUUUACCUAUUAUCUUAUUAUAUAUUUUUUUUAUAUUUUGAUAAUUUGAUAGCUGUUUAUUGCCAUAAUAGAUUGCAUUUUAAUAAUUAUUAUUUUUUUUUUGUACAGACUCUGCCACAUUUCAAUAAUUGUCAUUCAACAUGACGUCCAGAGGAGACAUACAGUAUUCAACAAAAUAUGAAGACAAUGUGUAUAUUUAUAGGCAUGUAAUCUUACCAGAAGACAUGGCCAAACAGUUACCCAAGACUCAUUUAAUGACUGAAACCGAGUGGAGAAAUCUUGGCAUUCAAAUGACAUCUGGUUGGAUGCAUUACAUGAGAUAUGAUCCAGAGCCUCAUAUAGUACCAUUCAGACGACUCAAAAAAGUGAAUACCUAAUUAAUAAAUGACUAAUGACUUAACCCUAAAUGUGAUAAUUUAGUAUAAUUUAUUAAAAUUUUAUUAUUUAUGUACUAAAAUAAAUAAAACAAUUUUACAA